AUGUACCUCUGGAUCGUCCUCCGCUUGUUCCAGGCCAUCGACUCGCACUCCGGUUACGAUUUCCCCUGGUCCCUGCGACACUUCUUGCCCUUCUGGGCUGGUGCUGCGCAUCACGAUAUUCAUCACGAGAAAUUCAUCGGCAACUAUUCCUCGAGCUUCACGUGGUGGGACACUCUCAUGGACACGGAGGCCGGUGCCGAGGCUCACCAGCGCAGGCGCGAGAAGAAGAUGGCCCAGUUGAAGAAGGCUCAGUAG